GCCAGUGCAUCUCGGGCUACACCAACGCUAAUUGCGAGCAACCCGUAUCGAGCUAGCUGGCAGCUACAGCUACCUACCUACGUACGCAUUCCUACCUGGACCAGCCCAUGAGUCUCUCUGAGCACGGCUAGAUAGCUCCGGAAGACCGACUCGACUACUCACCACUCAUCUCAUCAACACCUUUUUUCUCCCUAUACGCUACUUCCAUCAGCCUCCCACCGAAUACUGAAAAGACUCAGCCUGGUGGUAUAAAUCUUUCUAACAUACACCAUCGGUCAACAGCAAACGAGAACGACACGAUCCGUAAGGGGCGCGAGCACAACCACACCAGGACACUCAACGUGUACUCUGCCCACUGGUCGACAAUCCGUAUCACCAGAAUAUAACGGGGAGCGCAGCGUGAGUGGGCAGGAUCUGCCGCAAAGGGUCUUGGUUCCGUGCGGGUGGAAAAGAGGACCAAAGUAGUAGAUAGAAGCUGUAGUACUAGCACACCUCCAACAUGGGCUCCAUUCCGAACAAUUUCCCCAUCUCUCUGAGAUCAUGGCCCUCGUCAACGAAGCCCGCCGAGGGUCCAGAUCUGAAGACGCUUUUCGGCCGCAUCAACUCGGAGCGCGGGGGAUUUCGAAAUCUGACCGAGGAAAGCUUGCGACAAGAAAUCGCAGAAGAGGAGGCAAACAAGCCAGAAGAAGAUGAGGAGGAGGGUAGUGACAAGCAGGAUGAGGAUGUAGAACCUGACCGAAUGAAGGAGCUUAUGGCAGCCAGAGAAGAGCUGAUUGCUCACGGAGAGUAAGUAGCGGCGAGUUGCACCGACCAGGAUCAGUAUUGACCACACGUAGAUCAGCAUUCAACUCAGCUGCAUACGCCUUGGAUUUUGUUUCGCUACUUUUGUCGAAAAACAUGCCAAAUUCUGCCAGUCAGACAGUCUCGCCAGCACUGAAAGAUAUGGUUGGCAUGGGCGUAUUGGGUGCGGACAAAUUACAUACCCCUCGUAUUACUGAGGACCAAAAGCAGGAAAACAUGCGCAUCGCAAAAGGGUGGAAACUACAAAAUCUGAGCAAGACCGUCGACACUAUCUUAAACGCGGCUACGAGACUAGAAAAGGAAAUCGAGAGUGAGACCAAAUACUGGGAGGAAGUGCUUGCUGUUAGUAACAAAGGCUGGGCGAUAUGUAGAAUCCCGAGCGAAAAACAGACCCUGGGGGUUCGAUUUGGCUUCUCAGAAGCAUCACUCACAUUUAAGAACCAAAGUCUAGCGGCAUUGCGCAGAAAUGCUGAUGGCUCUAUAUUUCUCGAUCAGGGCUUUUCUGGGACCGAGCCUCAAGCCUUGCGGGUACAGAUACAUACCAAUGGAUCUGCUACGGGUUCAUCGCCUAUGCCAAAAUUGGUGGAGCCAGACUCUCCAGUAGAAGCCUUGAUCUUACAAGCACGGAACACCAUAUUUGACACCGAACUCUGGCAAGAGCUUAACCGAGAGAGUCGAGCGCUUGGGGGAGUAGACGUGACUUCUGUUGGCGAUUCCCUUGUUUUGUCCUUGAACUCUACCAAGUCGAUUGUAGUAGACAUGGUUCCGCUUGGAGAGGCAGUUUCCCCUCCAGGUCCAGACGAUGCGGUUGCGCGAGGAAUCUGCUUGUCACUACAACUGCUUCUGAGCUAUGCACAUCGACAAGUCCAUCGUCGUCGUACCCAGCCACCGCCGCCAAUCUCAGGAAAUAAGCGUCCAAACCCUCCCUAUAAUCUGUUCCGUCCAUUACUGGCACGACUAAACCAUCAACGUUCUAUUAGUAGCAUUAAUUCGCUUUUGUUGAAUAUUGCCUCCAUACUCCAAUCAGCGGCAGUCUCACCAGAACCAACUUACAAGCUUGUCCAUUCGACACCACCGGCACCAACUAACAUCCAAAAGGCCGAAUUGACAGUCUACUCCCUUACCGAUCGUAUGGAAUCCGUGGCAAGCCUUGCUAUCACACCCACAACUACUAUAACCAUCUCUUCCAGAACCAUGCAAUUCCCAGUCUCAACUUCCUAUUAUCAGAUCACGCUGAAUCCCGAAUCCCCGCUUCUUACACUUUGCCCGCCGACCCAGGUUCUCAACACCUUUGGGCAUGUCGAGGAGUAUGUCCUCUACGCAACCUCAUGUGCCCUCGCCUCUUCCCUUGCAACCACUCUUUCCCCUCUAGACGACGACGAGGUAUCUUCCUCCGCCCCUGGAAAGGACGGAUGGUAUGCAAUGCCACGGCCCAAUAUUCUUAAAAAGGUCUUUGAGGGUGGCAAAGUAAAGCAUCUGACUUUUAAACUUGAUAACCCAGAGAAGGGGUCAGGCAUGAAACACAUGCGGCUGAGCGUCGCGUGGGAUUGGGAACUUGCGGGCGUUGAUGGCAGUGAUGGCAAGGAAGGCAGGCGCUCUGUUAAAAAAGCUGAGGGCGAGGGAAUUUACGAGUGGAAGACUAAGAAGACAGGUACAUCUUGGAAUGAUGGAGAAGGGGAGGUUGCAAGGAGUUUGGCGGAUGUUAUUGAAGCUGCUGGAAAAUUACCAAGUCAGUGAUGUGAUGUUGCUUUGGGCUAGAAAUUAGGUCAAAAUUACUCGGGUUAGCUCUAUUCAGAUCUAGCAAGAUCUUGUAAAUACAGCCUUGUUUUUUGUUCUUUUGAAACCUGUUUACUAUUGUGUUGUUUGUAAUAGAAGACAAGCUUCGGACUCUUUCCUGGAGAGAGGAGGUUGCGACGAAUCGGAGCAAAAUCGGCCCGCUGCGUGAAGGUGGAGGUGGAGUUGGAGGUGCCAGGGUUCACCUUUGGAACCUUCAAACCUUCCCCUUCUCACCUUCUGUCCCAUGGUGAUCGGCACAACAAACAUUCAACCACUCCUCAACUUGGAGAACCUCAUUCAAUUGAUCUGAAACCUGGUCGCGCAUCAAAACCAGGUGCUCAAGGCAACGCUUGAGUUUCCGCGUCGGUUUCUUUGAUGCGAACAGGUGCAUUUAACGCUGCGUCUUGACCCACCUUACUGCAGAGUCCAGACACUCACAGAGCCACCACCGAUCGCGAGUAUCUGAUUACAGAACCGACUGGGGACUACCAGAAUAACAAUCCACAGCCUACAUCAACUUGAAUUGUUGAGGCACCUCAAUCAUGUCGUAUCGCGUCGGUAAGUUCUUUUACACCAUAUCCUCCUCAUCUAUUAAUCUAUACGCGUCCUGGACCUGUGACAUCAUUAUACAAGAGAACCUUGAUAUCUCUCAUACAAUGGCACUCUUCGCUGACAAUCUUCUAUAGAGACUGCGUCCAGUGGAUGUGCUGUUUGCAAAGCCACUGAUUGCAACAAGAUCAAGAUCAAGAUUGGCAAGGACGAAUUGCGAUUUGGUGUUUGGGUUGAGACUAGGGACUAUGCCAGCUGGGCUUGGAAGCAUUGGUAAUUGUGAACUGGCUUUGGCGACUUUACUUUACUAAUCUGCUUGUAGGGGCUGUAUGACUGGAAAGCAGUUGCAGAAUUUGAGAAACUAUCUUCAAGUCGAGGGACAACCAGGUACUUAUGACUGGGACAAGCUGGAUGGUUAUGAUGGCCACGACACGGAGAAGAACAGCCUUGAUCAUCACCCUGACCUCCAAGAAAAAGUUCGUCGAGUCGUUACCCAAGGCUUCAUUGACCCCGAGGAUUUUAAUGGCGUAAGUACUUGCUUCUUGACCCCAACUUCCAUACGGGGUAGGGUGGCAUAAGAGAGCGUCCCAUAAGAGGCAACGCAAGAACUCAAAUCCAACAAUGACUUGUGUAACAAAUAGACUGAUAUAUCGCUUAGGACUCUGAAAUGAACGUUCUGGGUGCCACGGGUUUAUUGAGUGCCGCCAGCAAGAAGCAGCGAAGAGAAGAAGCCAAAGAAAAGAAGCAAGAAAACGGAGAGUCGACCGAUGAUGUUACUAAAGUUGAAAAUGAGAAGAACGUUGUGAAGGCCGAAUCCUCCGAGGAACCUGUUGCAAAGCCAGUAAAGAAGGGCAAAAGAGUCAAGAACGAGGUUGAUUCUGAUGAAGAAGAGCAGAAGCCUCCCAAGAAAAAACGCGCCAGCAAGGUCAAGAAGGAGGAGGAUGAUGAUCAAAAAGAGGUUGCAAGCAAGCCUGCCAGAAAGUCACGAGCCAAGAAAGCAAUCAAAGAUGAAGAUGAUGAUGACCACAAGGUAACAUCAGGUCAACACAGUAUGUGAAAGCCAUUGCUAAUUAUUAUUACUCUACAUGGAUGAGUUCGUAGAGGAUGACGAAACUCCCCACUCAACAGCCAAGAAACCUCGUGCUAAGAAGGAAAAGGUCAAAGAUGAGGUUGCUUCCGAGGCUGAAGAUACAGAUGAUUCUUCUUUGGAUUGGAGUUCUAUGACUGUCCCGCAGCUCAAGGUCCAUCUUUAGGAGCGAAACCUUGCUACAUCUGGUAAAAAGGCAGAACUUAUCAAGCCCCUCAAGGAAAGUCUCACUCUUCCAACCCCACCCAAGAAGGAAACAACUAGCUGCGAGAAGGUCAAGCAAGAGUCUGGGGACAAAGGUUCUGGUGAAACUGCAGUAAGUUUGGUCAGGAUGAACCGACUGAGAUGGGUGCAGAUAUGAGAGGAUUGCCAGCCAAUGUUGAGACCAUGUCCAUCAAAGACGAAGCUUCGCCCAGUUCUGCAGCUGCUGAGCAUGGAUCUUUCAAACAAGAGUCUAUGGAACCAAAGAAGGAGGAAGCUGAAGACAAGCCGCUUGCUAAAGCGUAAGUACUUCUACUAUUUCUAAAACAAUCUGCUAACAAAUAUCAUAGUAAAGCUCCAGUCGUCAGACGUAGACGCUCAGCUCGCCAAAGCGUUCCUACCCUACCUGUUGACUGGUUUCGUCCAUGA